AUGAACACCCCUUCUAUGCUGCAGCAUGUUGUCCUUCCUCUUGAAUCCCCUAGUGCCAACCCUUGCACACCCCGCUACCGCACAGUCGAUCAAAGCUUGCGGUCCUUGGUUUUCCUGUAUGUGGACAGAGUUGAAAUGACAAUUAAACUCAUUUCGUGUUGGAAAGGUGGAAGAACACUCGCGGUCGUUAUACCGGCAAGCAAUAAGCAAUUCGUCCCCGUUCCGGAAGCAGGACUGAAGGCUCCUAGAAGCGAAGUUACCACUGUUAGCAUGACCAUGGAGCUGAGAGUAAGCUCGAGGGGAGGUCUACACAUAAUUUCCAUCGCCGUGAUUGCAACAAAGAAAGUUUUCGGGUUGGCUAGCAUUGGGAUGUGGUGUUUCUGCUUGCACAUCGUCGAUCAGAAGCUCUCCUGGGAAGAGAUUCUAGGGGAUGUGUAUAUGGGAGAAAUUGACGGGAAUGAAUCGGGAGAAUUAGCUGGUGCGUAUUGGCUGCCUGAACUACUUAGUUGA